UUUCGGAAAUGCAUAUUGAUAUUAUAUUCAAGGUUGGUGGCACUUGCAUCAGCACCUUGAAUCAGCUAGGUGUCUCCACUUCGGCCACUCAAUUUGCAUCAGACUUCAACAGUUCUUAACCUUCAUCAUUGCUGAGAAAUAGCAGUGUUGGUUCAGGCCAUUCCUAAAAGUUAUUCACACAUAAAUUUAUUUGUGGUGGCCUAUGCCCCCAGGAUUUUCUUGAAACCAUUUCUGCGUCGCCGUAUUCGGUGUUUCUGUGAUUGAAGUAUCGGAAAUACAGAUUCCAGAGUUAAUUUGUUAUAGAUACUUCCAUUCUGGAAAAACCAUGCAGAGCCCUUCCGAGAAGAAACCUGGAGUUUACACUCAUACAGCGCAGUGGUCAAUUUCUUCUCUAGCUUGGUCAGUUCGCCAGGACAAAAAAUCACGCCUCGCCGUUGCAAGUUUCCUGGAAGACUACAGCAACAAAGUUGAGCUCGUUCACUUCAACCUCGAAACCUCCGAUUUCUCAACCGACAAUCGCCUCAUUUUCGACCACCCUUAUGCCCCCACAAACCUCAUGUUCUUCCCCUCCGAAGACACCGCAAAUCCGGACAUAAUCGCCACCUCCGGCGACUACCUCCGCCUCUGGCAAAUCCACCGCGACCACAUCGAACUCAAAGCCUUGUUGAACAGCAACAAAGGCAGCGAGUUCAACUCCGCUAUAACGUCAUUCGAUUGGGCCGAUUUUGACACCCGCCGUGUGGCCACUUGCAGUGUUGACACCACUUGCAUAGUUUGGGACAUAGAGAAAGAAAUUCUUGACACCCACCUGGUGGCUCACGAUAAAGAGGUUUAUGACAUCUCAUGGGGAGGCUUCAAUGUAUUUUCCACCGUCUCGGCCGACGGUUCAGUUAGGGUUUUCGACUUGAGGGAUAAAGAAAGAUCGACAAUAAUUUACGAAAACCCUGUACAGAAUUGUCCAUUGUUGAGGCUCGAGUGGAACAAGGCGGAUCCGAGGUUUAUGGCGACGGUGGGGAUGGAUAGUAACAGAGUUGUCGUUUUAGACAUUCGUUAUCCAACGAAUCCUGUGAUGGAAUUAUGCAAGCAUCGGGGGAGUGUGAAUGCGAUAUCGUGGGCGCCGGUCAUGGGGCGGCAGCUGUGUUCGGUGGGGGAUGAUUCUAGGGCUCUGAUUUGGGAGGUGGCGGGGUUUGCGCAGAGUGUAGGGGAAGUGGAGCCGCAGAUGUGGUAUGGAUCAAUGGCUGAGAUUAAUCACGUGCGUUGGUGUCCGACUGAGUUGGAUUGGAUUGCUAUUUGUUUCUCGGACAAGUUGCAGCUCUUAAAGAUUUGAAGCUGCUUUUUAUUCCCUUCAACUUUCCGGUCCAUUGUCAAAAUAAUACCGUAGAUUUUGUUUAAUAAUAUCUGUAUCUUUUUAAUUUUAAGAGUAGUGUUAUUUAUGUAA